AUGGAAGAUCUUUGUUCGAAAGUCGUUCACGUAUUCAAGGACAGAGUAUCAAAGAUGAUUCUACGGUAUAAACUGGUAAACUAUACUAUACAGGCCAUAGCCAGAAUACCAAUGUUUGUAUCUGGUAGCAGAGCCGAGUUUAUUCAAGGAUUGAAGUCUGACUCCGAUAUCAUAUAUGAAUCACCGACAAUUAGGGCAACUACGGACACAGAGCAAGCAAGGAAUCUACAGCGUGAUAGUAAACAUCUGAGUGAUUCAUUGCCAUCGACUAAAGCGAACCCUGAUUACGACGCAAUAGUUGUGAUGGAUACGACUGGUGCUCAUCCUGGUUAUACAAAAGUUAAAUUGUUUGAUAUCACCCGAAACCAGUCUGAAACUAAGGUUGAUGUAGUGUCCCUUUGUCUGGAUGACACCAAAUUUAUAUCCAGCAUAAAGGUGUCAGAAUAUUGGAAGAAGCAAUUAGCAAAAGGCAGGAUUUUCCCUCCCCAGGGUAUGAUUAAACAGUUUGAAGCUCAUGGGCCUGCAAUAACAUUCCAGUAUGGAGGGAUGGAACAGAUUUUCAACAUAGACACACUCUUCUCCUUGAAAUGUGACUGGCCCGAAACCGCCAACGAAUGGCACACAAGAUAUCGCCAGCAUAACUGGCCUGAUCAGGAUACUAUCGCAAAAGUAGCUUUAAUGGGAUGCAAUUUGGUCCCCAUAGGGCAUGCAAAGGCACCCAAGCAACAAUUAGAAUGGAGAAUAUCUUUCAACAAGGUAGAGCGAGAGCUGAUAUGGUCAUUCAAUAGUACUCAAUAUGCUUGCAUUGACAUUAUGAAGAUUUUCUUUCAUACGAAGAUUAGUAAAAAGUUUCCAGAUGUUUUCCCGUCAUACUUCAUCAAAACAACGAUGCUUUGGAUGGUAGAGGAAUCUCCAGCUGAAAUAUGGCAACCAGAAAAUCUGGUCCAGUGUCUGGAAGAGCUGCUGAAGAGGACAAUCACUUGUGUAGAAAGAAAGGAAGUAAAAAACUAUUUCAUUCCUUCGAACAAUAUGAUGGACACGAGAUCGACUUCCGAUCUAGACCUACUUCUUUCAGAACUUAGGAACUUUGAAAAUCUUGCUCCCACAAAGUGGACAGAAAUAAUACAAAUAAGAACGGGAGACAUCGCUGAAAACGACAUAUACGUUCACCAUGUUGGAUUUAGCGGAUUGUGCUUUGCUCGUCAUAUCAUACUGUGUCUUCUUUCUACAUUGGAUUCAGACAGAUUUUCUAGGCGUCUGAAACAUAUCAGUGAAAAACUGGAACAUGCUAUAGACCAAGAUAUUUCAAAGCACACGUGUUUGAUCUUGCUAAAGGAAAUCGAAACAAUUCAUAAGAUACAUGUAUUUCAAAUUCAUUUAUCGUCAGGUACGGACACGGAAUAUGAGAAAGAUGAUCUCCAACUAUCUCUUACAGAACAAGCCGAAUUUACUUUCUGCUGUGGUCGACUGAUGCUAGCUACACUCCAUUUGAACCAGGGAAGAAUUAAAGAAGCAUAUGACAUUGCUGAUGAUGUCAUCAGCGGCUACGACAAGACAAUCAUUCAUUACACAUUCCACAACAGAGACAAAGAUCCAAAAGAUGAAGAUUAUGAUGAAAUGUAUCGUUCAAAAACAAGUACUUUUCAUGAAACGCUAAAGCGAUUCAUAGCUUUGGACGUCGUUUGUCUUCCAAUGUUGAUACAAUAUUACCCGAGAGCUGUUCAGGGCGUCAUGGAGAAAGCCAAAAACAUUGUGUAUAUCAACCCUUUGUUUUAUACCCAUGUGGUCACACUACAUUGCUUUAUUGCAUCCGGAAAUCUCAUCAGAGCAUCAGAAGUAGCCGACGAUUUGAUAGCAUUUGUUGAAAAGCAUUCCGAAAAAAUCCGAUUGACAUUGGAUACCCCGAUAUACCGCAUAACAGGGGAGUGCCUAAAUCUCGUUGGAAGGUCUCAGGAAGCGAGCAAAUACAUGGAACAUUCAUUUACAGCUGGGGAGCCUUUCCAGGACAGAGACCGCAAAAGAUCAAGAGACGAGGACGUUUCGGGUCCUGAUGCUGCCAAUGUGAAUACAACCAAGGUCGGACGAACCAACUGAUACUGUAAGGAUCAGUACUCAACUAUACGCGCGGAUGUUGGAUAAUGAGACACUCAGUCCUGAAUAAGUUAAACCAUACAUCAUCAUCACCAAAGAUACUGCCUUUAUGUCCCUCAAGCUGAUACAAUGUAUACAUGUAGCAUCAUGUCGGUCAAUGCUGUCAUGUCCCUACUUGACCCUGGCUGUCGCUCAGAUGUUAAUCAUCUUUAAACAAAACAAUUCAGAUAAUCUCUGAAACAUGUGCUGACUAAGAAUAGAAAUUAGUCGAUUAUAUCACAAUCGUGUUAUGAUGGCACAAAAUAGACUGUAAUUAGUCUAUUAUGUCACAAUCGUGUUAUGAUGGCACACGAUAGGCUGUAAUUAGUCUAUUAUGUCACAAUCGUGUUACGAGUUAACUUAGAGAAGAAGGAAUUGGUCGACAAAUAAUAUCAAUUCUAC